AUGAAGUGAAAUGGAGAUAACAAAACAAUAGCGGGCGAGAAAUGGAUGUAACGGGCCUGAGAGCCCUAAACGCGAUAACCUCGGCAUCUUUGCUGCACUUCCGCUCCAGAGCUUCUCCGCCUCUCCGCCACCCGUUUUUCUCAGUUCAAUGCAUACCCAAUACUUCCCACUUUCCUCGUUCCCUUUCCUCUUCGCGCUUCUCCGUGCUAUGCUCUCUAUCUGAAAGGUGCCGAGCGGACGCAUCGCCAAAUGGGUUUGGUGGGGCGCCGAGCGAAGUUCCUAAGAGCAGAGAGUUUCUUCAAGUGGUGCUAGUGUCGCCGCAGAUUCCUGGAAACACAGGAUGCAUUGCCCGAACAUGUGCUGCAUCAGCUGUCAAAUUACACUUAGUUGAGCCAUUGGGGUUUCAGGUUGAUGAUGCAAAGUUAAAGCGUGCUGGACUUGAUUACUGGCCAUAUGUUGUUGUAAAGGUGCACAGUUCAUGGUCAGAGUUCAGUGAGUACUUCAGGAAACAGGAUGGGGAGAAGAGGUUACUAGCAUUUACAAAGAGAGGGACGAAUAUUCACUCAGAGUUCACCUACAAGAAGGGUGAUUGGCUUGUAUUUGGCUCAGAAACAAGUGGUUUACCACCUGAAGCCCUACUUGAUUGUAAGAGCGAAUUGCUGGGUGGCGGUACCAUUCGAAUUCCCAUGGUUGAAACAUAUGUUAGAUGUCUGAAUCUAUCUGUGAGUGUUGGCAUUGCUUUAUACGAAGCUUCUAGACAGCUCAACUAUGAGCAGCUGCAAAAUCCAUCUGAACCUUGUAUCAACAGUGAGACACCUUUUCUAACUGAAGACAUUUUUGCCUAGCUUUUCUAUAUCAGAAUCAGAUUGUGUAUGCAAGUUGAUUAAGUUUUUUAUUUUUGUUGGGCUUACACUCCCAGAACCAUAACUUUAGGUAAUGUAUUUGGGAAAAAGUUCUACAUAGGAUAAGCAGAACUGGUGUGAAGCUAUGUGUGGCUUCACACUUGAACAUCAAAACAAUUGAGUCUUUGUACCUGGUAUGGACUUUUGCUCUUCUCUUCAAAGCAAGUUCAAUUUGUACUUAGCAAA